AUGUUACUCCAUCCUGGACAGAAGCAGAAGUCAACUAGCUCCACUAAUCAUCCCCAUCAGAAGGGGUUUGCAAUUCAGAAAUUGCUUCAGCCCGAGGGAACUGUCAGUGCCUGGGCCCUGAAGCAGAAGAGGUCCCUGAAGCAUGUGCUGGAGGAACACAAUCAAGUUGAAGAAACGUCUCCACUACUUAAAGAGGGACCUGCAAACUAUUUUUAUUCAGCUGUCCCAAUGGGAUUUUCUCUUAGUAAAUCUGCUACUCAGGUAUCUGCUAUGCGUAUGGAUUCAAAAGUGGAUGAUCACUUAAUGCAAGGGACUGAGAAAAGCAAAUUGGAACCAGUGACUCAGUUAUUUCAAAACACCAAGAAAAUAAGAUUAGAAGACACAAACCAAGAAAACUUUACAAGGAGCAAAGAUACUGGCACAGGAUCUCUUUCGGAGAAAGCCUUGGGUUCAGUGGUGUAUGUUAAAGAAAGUGAUGGAAUAGAACGAAGGUAG